AUGUCUUCCGCAGCAGCGACAAGGCCACCUGCUACCACCGCGGGGACCGCUAGCGGCAGCAGCACCAGCAGCACCAGCGCCAUCCCCGGUCCAUCCAGCAGCUCCAACCCAUCCUCUUCCACCAAACCGGCAUCCUCGUCGGCAUCAUCACAGCCACAAGUAUCACUUCUCGGAACGCUACCAUUCCAUCUGGUGCCAGCGCUACUACGACGGAUCGAAUCGAACCUGGUGACACUGCCCCCGACGUUGCUGUGUGAGAAGGAGACGGUGUUGGCGAGGCACGAUGACGAGACGUCGGCGGUGCGCGAGACGGGCGAUAACGCGUGGGCGAGUGUGGUCAAGGCGCGGAAGGGGGUCAAGCUGAGGGUCGUGGAAACGGUGAAACGUAGUAACAGUGGUGGGGGUGAUUCGGUGGAGUGCACGCUGAGUCUGCCGUUACCGAGUCUACCGGAGCGUCAGUAUCCACGAGCGUCCGUGAGGCCGAGUUACACCGUGCAGGUUCUAUCCGACACCACGCUCUCACCCGGCCAAACAUUCGACAGCACACACAACCCACUCAACACCCCUACAGCGUCCACGCACACCGACCCCCUGCUCGGCUUCGACCCAACCACCCACCUCGACACCGACCGCGCCAACGGCUGGAAGAGCUUCGUCUCGUCCAUCGGCUGGCGUCCGCACUUCGCCUUUCUCCGCCACGGACUCACCUACCCACUCAACCAGACCCUCUCGCGCCACUCUUCCACAGCCACUUCCACACCCAUCAACCCCGCUCAGGGCACAAAACACACGCUCAACGUGUACCGCAUCUUCACACCGGAUCCGACGGGCUACACAGACGACUGGGUGCCGCUCGACCCCGAGGGUGCGACCGUCGUGGUCGAGCUCAUCGCCACCAUCGGCGGACAGCUGGACCAGAGCCAUUUCAACCCGUUCUGCUCUGCUAUCGAACCGGGGACGCCGCAGAUGGGCGGUGGGCUGGAUCCCUCUUCGACCAUCGAAAACGCUAUCGAGUAUGCAGCUUCUGUUGCCAAGGCUCUCAGAGGGCUCGUCGAUCUGCGGAGAGAAGCCUACGAUUAA